AACUCUGUAUACUCUGUGUAACGAGUAUAGAGAUAGACGGCAUAGACGUAAGAACGUUUUAUCGCGAGGUAUUCUCCGUCGAACAUGGAAUUGUUUACAGCUUUGAGCUUGUUCGGUCGACAGAAAUACGAAGCGUGUGCAGCAAUAUGCACGGAUUUAUUGAGAAAAAAUCCGUUAGAUCAGGCUGUAUGGACGUUAAAGAUGCGUGCGUUAACGUUGCAAGUCUACGUGGAUGACAUUGAAGGCGAAGAGGAAGGAAUCGCGGAGACUUUGUUAGAUAAUUAUGCGAUAUCGACGAUGCCCAGGCCGGGAACUUCCCUGAAAAAUCCCGGCACGAGUUACACCGGUCAAGGAGUGCGGCCUAAAUCCCAAUCCGGUAGACCCGUUACCGGAGUAGUGCGACCCGCCACUCAGGCGGCGAUGUCUCGAUCGAUGGAACAAGCGUUGCGAACGCCAAGAACAGCGAUGACUGCAAGACCAAUUACGGCAAGCUCGGGACGCAGUGUUAGGCUCGGCACAGCGUCGAUGUUAACGGAGCCCGGUGGGCCUUUCAUACAAUUAUCACGAUUAAAUGUAACGAAAUACGCUAAUCAACGAAGCAUAGCGAAACCGUUGUUCGAAUACAUAUACUAUCAUGAACACGAUGCGAGAUACGCGCUGGAUUUGGCGGUGCAAGCGACGCAAGUUUGUCAAUACAAAGAUUGGUGGUGGAAGGUUCAAUUGGGCAAGUGUUAUUAUACUCUGGGACUAGUGAGAGACGCGGAGCAGCAAUUCAAAUCGGCAUUGAGGGAUCACAAGAACAUCGAAACGGUUUUACGAUUGAUCAGAGUAUACGUGAGGCUCGAUCAACCGUUGGCUGCGCUAGACACCUGUAAAAACGGUCUCGAGUAUUUCGCGAACGAUGUUACGAUCCUCACGGAAAUGGGCCGCAUAUUCGAGGGCUUGAAUAACACGGUGAUGUCGAUGAAAUAUUACAAGAUGAUUGCGCAGGAGGACGCUUCGCAUACCGAAGCGAUCGCCAGUAUAGGCAUGCAUCACUUUUACAAUGAUCAGCCAGAGCUAGCGUUGCGUUAUUACAGGCGUCUCUUGCAGAUGGGCGUACACAAUGCUGAAUUAUUCAACAACCUCGGGCUUUGUUGCUUCUAUGCUCAACAAUACGAUCACACGAUCUCGUGCUUCGAAAGAGCAUUAAAUCUCGCAACCGAUGAGAACAUAGCCGAUGUGUGGUACAAUAUUUCCCAUGUCGCUAUCACUUUGGGUGAUCUGGUAAUGGCUGAAGAAUGCUUGAGGCUAGCUAUUACAAGCGACAAUAGACACGGUUUGGCUUACAACAAUCUUGGUGUGAUAGAAAUGCGCAAUGGCAACGUUACCGCAGCGAGAACUUAUUUCCAUGCAGCGGCAAACAUUGCUAAUUACGUGUAUGAGGCACACUUUAAUAGCGCGCACUUAGCCUACGAGGCUGGAGAUCUUCAGACAAGUUACAUUGCGGUACAAAGAUCGUUGAACGCGUAUCCCGGGCAUUACGACAGUAAAACUCUCUUGCACAAGUUGCAAAGAUAUUUCUCAUACAUGUAAGACGAGUGAAAAGAAUUUUUCUCAGUUUACGCUUUCCUUUAAUUCCUUAUCCUUUUAUUAAUGUACAACAUAUUGUUUAAACGUAAUUUUAUAUACAUAAUAUACAUGUACAAAACGAUA